AUGAAUCUGUCGGGCCACUGCUGUGCAGAUGGUGGGCACUGCUGUCCCCGUGGCUACAGCUGCGGCAAAGAUGCCUGCGUCCUGGACUUAGCCGAGACUCAACCCUGGGACUCUGUCAAGAAGACCCUCGCUGAUGACAUCCGCCUCUGUCCGGACGGCUUGACUAUCUGCUCGGCCGGUCAACUCUGCUGUCGCGGUGAUUUCGGCGCCAACUCCUGGAAAUGCUGCCCCUGA